AGUCUUAUCCGAGAAGGAUCAUCAGAGUGGAGAAACAUGUGUGAAAACGAGGAAUACAGGGAACGGUUUCCAGACAAACAUUUCGAUCUGGAGACAGUUCUACAGGCAAAAAUCAAAUCAAUCUGUGUAGUCCCUGAGAAAUCAUUCAUCAGAUUUUUCCAUCCAGAGGAAGAAGAAGGAAAAGAAGACGCUAAUCUAGAUUUUCUCAAAGGUGUAAUGUCCUUUGACAGUAUCUGGGAAGAGAUCAUGAAACAAGAACUAGAAGAGUCGGCAAGUGAGGCUGUGAUCUACAUUGUGAGCUGGAAUGAUCAUUUCUUCGUACUCCUCGUGAACCAUGAUGCUUAUUACAUCAUAGACACGCUUGGAGAGAGGCUCUAUGAGGGUUACAACCAAGCUUAUGUCUUGAAAUUUGACAAAGAUGCAGAGAUCCAAAGAUUAGUACCCGUCAAGGACAACAAAGACGUCCUAGAAAACAAGAAACAAGGUGGUAAGGACAAGUAUGAGCAAUCCGAAAGAUCAAAAGAAUCAGAAGAAGAACAAGAAGAAGUAAUGUGUAGAGGUAAAGAGUCAUGUAGAGAGUAUAUAAAGAGCUUUCUGGCGGCGAUUCCAAUUCAGCAAGUGAAAGCUGAUAUGAGGAAAGGACUGGUUUCAUCUUUGUUAUGUAAGACCGGAGAGAUUCUCCAGCCUUUUGGCUUAAGUUCCAAAGCUGAGCGUCUGUCACCGCAGUUUCGAUUAGGCUAG